AUGGUUUCAAUUUCUAAAAUUGUCUCGUCAAGCUUAAUAUUUGCCGCAAAUGAUCAAUUUAGAGAUGUCGGUUCCACUGAUUUGGCUGCUAAGUCACAAUACAACAUUGUUAAAUAUUUGUAUGGUAAUGGUCCAUAUAUGCAAAACCCAGGGUUUGGGAUUUCUACAGAUUUGCCUGAUCAAUGUACAUUAGAACAAGUGCAGGUUUACAUGAGACAUGGAGAGAGAUACCCUGGUAUUUCAGAUGGUGAAAAGCAGAAGGCAUUGGUUGAUAAAUUGCAAUCUUAUAAUUCGUCUCUUUCUGGUCCUUUGUCAUUCUUAAAUGAGUAUGAAUAUUAUGUCCAAGACGAUUCGUUGUACGAGUUAGAAACGACGCCUUCUAAUGCAAAGGGUCCUUAUACUGGAUACGAAACUUGUAACAAGGCAGGACUGGCAUUUAGAGCAAAAUAUAAUGUCUUGUACAAUGAAAAUGAAACAUUACCUGUUUUUAUCGCUGCAUCUAAAAGGGUUUAUGAUCUGGCUGAUUUUUUCGUAAAUGGAUUUCUUGGAGAAGACUACGAUGAAGAGAAAGUGAAGAAAGUCGUUAUCUCUGAGGAAAAGUCUUCCGGUUUCAAUUCAUUGACUCCACGUUGGGCCUGUCCACUGUUUUAUAAACCAAACUCUACGGCACCAACAUUUAAGAAAGAUUAUCUUGAUGAUAUUGCUAACAGAUUGAAAGAAAAUAAUGAUGGCUUAAACCUCACCAGCUCGGAUAUUCCAUAUUUAUUCCAAUUAUGUGCCUUCGAACUCAAUUCGAAAGGAUAUUCUCAAUUUUGUGAUAUUUUUACACAAGAUGAAUUAGUUACUAAUGAUUAUGCUCAAGGGUUUAAUUCUUACAAUUCUGCUGGCGCAGGUAGCGAAACUAGUAAGAUAGCUGGAUCUGUUCAAUUAAACGCAAGUUUAGCUCUUUUAAAAGAAGACAAUCCAAAGAAUAAGAUUGUGUUAUCAUUUACCCAUGACACUGAUAUUCAAUUGUUUUACGCUAGUUUAGGACUUUUUGAUGUCCCUGGCGAUAUGCCCUCAGAUAAAGUUGAUGUCAGAAACGCUUUCCGUCGUAGUGAGGUUGUUCCAAUGGGUGGAAGAUUAAUCACUGAGAAAUAUCAAUACGAUGGAAAGUCUUAUGUUAGAUUUAUUGCCAACGAUGCCGUCAUUCCACUCCAAAACUGCUCAUCUGGUCCGGGUUUUUCAUGUAGCUUGAGUGAUUUUGAGGAUAUAGUCAAGGAGAAGAUAUCCUUCAAUCUAUUAGAAGAAUGUAACACGCCUGAUGAUAUUCCUCAUGCAUUGACAUUUUAUUGGGAUUAUGAUGAAAAGGAUUACAAUGCCACUGCUCCGAGAGUUACCGCAUAA